AGUCUACUCUAUUGGGGUCAUCUCCACCCAGGAUAAGAAUGUAUUUGACAAACUGUAUACAGGCAGUCAAUAGGACUGUCAAUGCUAUAUAAGCUGACUUUAACCACUGUGCAGAAAGAAGAAAUCCACCUGCCCCUGCAUCGAGAGUGAAGUCCUGAGACCAUGAAGAUGAGAGUUGCUGUGUUGCUGGCUGUGAUCGUUAUGUUCUGUGCUGCUGAUGCUCAUAAAUGCCCUCUGGAUGGUCUGAUGAGCAGUCUGACCAAAUCUGUGGCCUCUGCAGUGCUGCAGAAAGUGACUCUGUCCUGCAUUUCUGUCUCAGCUAGAGGGAGCCUGGCGGAUUGUCCUGCAGGUUACAAGCCGACGGGCUGCUCCUGCGGUAAUGCCUGCGGCUCCUGGGAUAUCCGCAAUAACCAGACCUGCCACUGCCAGUGUGCAAACCAGGACUGGACCGCUGCACGCUGCUGCAAGAUAGCCCUGAAAUAGAAGCUAGAAAAUGACAGAAUCCACGUCUGGAUCUUGAAGCAUUCUAAAAUACAAAUGUGGUUUAAAGAUUGGUGUGAGGGCUUUCAGUUUUCAAGUUCCUUCACUUUGGAACUCACUUCCAGCUUUUACCCAGAAUGCUGAGUCUGUCAAUAUUUUUUAAUCUAGGCUCAAAACGUAUCUCUUUGAUUUGGCCUUUAGCUAGUGAGCAGUUUGGAGCUCUUUUUGUAAAGCGCCAUGGGAUACUUGCAUUUAAAGGGCGCUGUAUAAAUGAUACUGGUAUGGUAAUUGCUAUGGUAUAAAAAGGGUCUAAAAAAUAAAUAAUUUUCUUGCACAUGUA